GCCCAUGCAGUCCGCCCUGACAAAGUUACUGAAUUCGAUCAGAACACCAAUUCCCUCCCAGCCUCACACGCUCUUUGUUGGCUUUGUUCUGGAAAGGAAAGAGUCCACUCACCCACGUGUCAAGAACAUGGACAGAAGAGACAUAAAAUCGAGGAUAAAAUGGUCAUUGAGCUUUGUCUUCGACAGCUGUUUAGUGAUUGCCCUUGUGGUUUCUUGUUCUGGUAGUUGUCGAAGUUGAAUUGUUUGUUACUUAAUCUCCCCUGUUUUUCAUUUCUCUGUUCAUAAGUUCCCUGUUUCUUCCUGUCGAGUUUUUCCAUCUUGAAAAUCCAAAGAAAACCAUGGCUACAGUUUCUCAGUUGAAUCAAUUUCCAUGCAAGACCUUCUUAUCGACUCCACGAAGCCGUAACUUGGCCUCGAAACCUUCAAUUCUGCCUCAGAACUCUACUAAACCGACUCAGAAUUUGAUCAAGAAAUCUCAAUUUUUUACCCUAAAAGCGGUCCGGGAAAGGCCCGUUUUUCAGGUCCGUGCUGUGUACGAUGACGAGUAUGGCCCAGACAAGGCGGAGGAGGAGGAGGAGGAGGAGCAGCCAGUGACAGAGAGUCCUGCAGUGGCGGUGGCAGAAGAGGAGAAGCCUAAAGAAGUGUCCGAAAUCGAUAGCUUGAAAAAGGCUUUGGUGGAUUCAUUUUAUGGGACUAAUCGUGGCUUGAAAGCUACCAGUGAGACCAGAGCUGAGAUUGUCGAGCUUAUAACUCAGCUCGAGGCCAAGAACCCAACCCCAGCACCAACUGAGGCUUUGACUCUGCUCAAUGGAAAAUGGAUUCUCGCGUACACAUCUUUCCCGGGUCUGUUUCCACUGUUGUCAAGGGGUCAACUGCCAUUAGUGAAGGUGGAGGAAAUAUCACAGACCAUUGAUGCUGAAAGUUUCACUGUGCAGAACUCUGUUCAGUUCUCUGGGCCAUUGGCCUCAAAUACAAUUAGCACAAAUGCAAAAUUUGAGGUCCGAAGCCCCAAGCGUGUGCAGAUCAAGUUUCAAGAAGGCAUAAUUGGAACUCCCCAGCUGACAGACUCCAUAGUUUUACCUGAAAAUGUGGAAUUUCUGGGACAAAAAAUCGAUCUAACUCCUGUUAAAGGCUUGCUCACCUCUGUGCAAGACACAGCUUCCUCUGUUGCAAAGACAAUUUCCAGCCAACCACCAUUGAAGUUCUCGUUAUCAAACAGCAAUGCAGAAUCAUGGUUACUUACAACAUACCUUGACGAAGAACUGCGCAUUUCGAGAGGAGAUGCUGGUAGUGUCUUUGUGCUCAUCAAGGAGGGCAGUGCUCUCUUGACACCAUGAACUAAACUUUAGAUCUGUUUUUUUUGCUCAACUAGUAAGGUAUUUUCAUUAAUAAUAUGCCCAAGACAGUAAAGGUACAGAAAGCUGUUUCUAGUACAGCCAGAUUAUAACUAGUGUGUGCAUACAUGUUAUAUGACUUGAUUCUAACUUGCUCUUCCUAAGUGAGAGCUGAUAUAAUACUAGAAGCUGAUAUUUAUACUUAUCUUCCA